AGAUCGUGUUUCGGACUGCUAGUAUAUACUAGUGUGACUAUCCGUUACUUUUCGUGAUAUGAGUUGCGACUCACGUAACCUACUAGGCCACCGUGCCACCACAUCAGUUUCACGUUCUAUAAUUUGUUUUGAUCACCUGCAGCUGUGCAUUUGAUUGGAAUUUGGCACAGCGAAUGAGUUGGAUCAAACUAAAAUCAUGUAAGCGUAUAAAAGAACGAGUCCUGUAACUUUAUCCACAUAGCGCGAGCGUGCGAUGGCCGCACCCAUAGUCAAUACAGGAAUUCAGACGUCGAAGUAUUGCAAUGUGGCCGGUCUAGGAGUUUUGAUUUUUGACUAUUUCUUAACGCUCGAACCUGAGAUUCGAUGGACAUGGAACAGGCGCUGGAACAUCACUCGUAUUCUUUUUGUAAUUUCACGCUACAUGGCCUUUGCAGCAGCUGGCAUGACUACAUAUGCUGCCAUUGCUACACGAGCGAACGAGAAUUGCACAAACUUCAGCAGGGCUUCAAAUGCAAUUCAUAUCAUCAGUAUUAUAGCUGGUGAAGGUCUUUUGAUCAUUCGUACAUAUGCGUUCUGGAGGAAGAACAACAAGCUCUUGGCAGUGUUGCUAGUAUUGGCAGUAAUUUGCAUUGCGUGUGGUGUCGGUCUCACAGAUUUUGUCGGUGGCCUACUAGCGGUGCCCGCAAACCCUUCGGCUCCCCCCACAAGCAACUGCACUUUUCAAGCGGGUCAGAGCAGUGCCAUUCAAUAUGGCUUUCUCGCGGCCUACGAAAUAUUGCUGUUGUCUUUAAUGGUGUUCAAAAGAUAUAAAGACUACAGAGAUUAUACCAGUCGUCUGGUGAGAGUAGUCUUCCAGGGCGGAGUAUGGUAUCUGGCUCCCAUCAUCUCUGUUUCUGUGGCCAAUACACUCAUUACAGUUCUGGUGCCGCAAUCAUAUAACGAGAUGCUGGACUUGCCACAACUUGUCCUCCACAGUAUGUUGGCAUCCCGUGUACUCUUUAGUCUGUAUGCAAGUGAACAGGGUGAAUUAGAUGAGACGACAUUACAGAUAUCGACAUUUUGUUCAACUUAGUACAAUAAAAGGCAUACCUCACUUGGACUUGAUUGGUUAUCCUACAAUU